UCUCGUCACUCCAACAAGAAGUCUUCGUCUUCUCCGAUGGCUUCUCUCCUCUUCCGGCACCGCCGCUCGCCGGCGUCCUCCCUUCACCUUCUUCGCCUCCUUCUACAGCGCCCAAUUAGCUCCUCUUCCGCCUCCCUCGAUGUCGAUGUCUCGCACCCGACCUACGUCGUCUGGGGCGCCAACACCGGCGUCGGAAAGACCCUAGUAUCCGCCGGCCUCGCAUUCUCCGUCAUCUCCCGAUCCCCGUCCUCCUUCCUAUACCUUAAGCCCCUUCAGACCGGGUUCCCCAUCGACUCCGACUCACGCUUCCUGGUCUCCAAGAUCACCUCCCUCUUCCGCUCCGCCUCCCCUCCAUUUCCCCUCCUUGCGUCCCACCAUGCCCUCCGUGCUUCCCUUCCGGCCGCCCGUGCUCUCCCCGGCUUCAAUGAGCAAUCCGAUAGCCCGUGCUGCUACGAGGAGACGAAGAUCGGGGGUGGGGAUGGGGAGGAAGUGGGGUCGAGGCUGGUUUGCAAGACUUUGUAUGCGUGGAACGAGCCCAUAUCUCCGCAUUUAGCUGUUGAAAGGGAGGGGAUGGCCAUUGGAGACUCGGAUUUGAGGGAGAUGCUGCAUCGGUGCUUAGGGUUUGGCGGUGUCAACGAUUUGGGGAAGGAGAUGAGUGUUUGGAGAGUUAUCGAGACCGCUGGUGGUGUUGCUAGCCCGGGUCCUUCGGGUACUCUUCAGUGUGAUCUAUAUAGGCCUUUAAGGUUUCCUGCUGUUCUUAUUGGAGAUGGACGUUUGGGAGGUAUAUCUACCACAAUAUCAGCAUAUGAAUGCUUGAAACUUAGAGGAUAUGAUGUUGCCGCUAUUGUUUUAGUGGAUCAAGGACUGGCUAAUGAGGCUGCGUUGUUAUCUUACCUGAGGAACAGGGUGCAUGUGUUUGUCUUGCCACCAAUCCCUCAUGAUCCUUUGGAUGACCUGAAGGAUUGGUUUUGUGAAUCUGGGAAUGUAUUUGAUUCUCUUAAGGAAACAAUGAUUUUGGCUCAUUCAAAGAGGAUUGAGAGACUACAAGACAUGGCCAGGAAGGCAGGAGAUAUCUUCUGGUGGCCAUUCACUCAACACCAACUUGUUCCUCUGGAGACAGUUACAGUAAUUGACUCACGCUGUGGUGAGAAUUUCGCUGUUCAUAAGGUUUGUGACAAGCUGGACAUGAUCGUUCCUCAAUUCGAUGCCUGUGCUAGUUGGUGGACACAAGGACCUGAUGCUACCUUUCAGGUUUUUUUUCAGAUUGAGCUUGCAAGAGAGAUGGGUUAUUCUGCUGCAAGAUAUGGUCAUGUCAUGUUUCCCGAGAAUGUCUAUGAGCCUGCUUUGCGGUGUGCAGAACUUCUUCUUGAAGGAGUAGGAGAAGGUUGGGCUUCUCGUGCUUACUAUUCUGACAAUGGAUCCACGGCAGUAGAAAUUGCACUCAAGAUGGCAUUUCGCAAAUUUUCGUUUGAUCAUGGGAUAGCUGUAGAUUCUGACAAUGGGAUUGUGGAUGAUAGAUGUUAUGAUUUCAAGGUUUUAGCCCUCAAUGGAUCUUAUCAUGGUGAUACUUUAGGUGCCAUGGAAGCCCAAGCACCGUCAUCAUACACGAGUUUCCAUCAGCAGCCAUGGUAUUCAGGAAGAGGCCUGUUUCUGGAUCCCCCCAUGAUCUUUAUUUCAGAUGGGGUUUGGAAUCUUUCCUUUCCAGAUGCAUUUCUUUCUCAUCAACCAAAAGAUGAAAAGAUAAGGUUCCAUUUGCGUGAUGAAUUGUUUUGUCAAACAAGGGACUGUUCAGCUCUUGCAAAAUGCUACUCUGCUUACAUAUCAAGGCAAUUAUCGCAAUUUUCCGACAAUUGUCCUUCGACAUAUAUUGCUGCAUUAAUUAUUGAACCAGUUGUACAAGGUGCUGGCGGAAUGCAGAUGAUUGAUCCACUUUUCCAGCGAACCCUUGUUAGUGAGUGCCGAGCCCGCAGAAUUCCUGUAAUAUUUGAUGAGGUAUUCACAGGUUUCUGGCGUCUUGGCAGGGAGUCUGCAGCAGAGUUGCUUGGCUGCUCACCUGAUGUGGCAUGUUUUGCGAAAUUAAUGACUGGUGGGGUCCUACCAUUAGCAGUCACUUUAACUACAGAAGCUGUUUUUGAAGUAUUUAAAGGUGGUUCAAAGCUCAUGGCUCUUUUGCAUGGUCACUCCUAUUCUGCCCAUGCUAUGGGCUGCACAGCUGCUUCAAAAGCUAUACAGUGGUUUAAAAAUCCCUGUACAAACAUAAAUAUUGAACCUGAAGGAAGAAAAAUGAAAGAGUUAUGGGACAUGCAACUUGUGCUCCAGUUGUCAUCUCUAAAUGGUGUUAGCAGAGUGAUUGCAAUAGGCACUCUUUGUGCUAUAGAACUUAGAGCCAGUGGCUCUGAUGUGGGGUAUGCUUCAUUGUAUGCAAGUUCUCUGGUUCAGCAGCUUCGUAAAGAUGGAAUUUACAUGAGGCCCUUGGGUAAUGUUCUAUAUUUAAUGUGUGGUCCCUGCACAUCCCCUGAUAUCUGCAAUCAACAUCUCAGAAAUGUAUACCAGAGAAUUUCUGAGUUUAAGCAAUCAUCAGGCAAAGGGAUCAGAUAAAUAAGAGGAGAACUCUAGGAAGCUCGAUGGCAUUUUUGGCAUAAAGGCCCUUGAGAUAGGUCUUCCUUGAGUUAAUGGGAAGAGAAAUAACCUUCAGUUGCUUAACUGGAUCAAGACUUCAGGGUCAUCAGAUAACGGGCUUUCUCGAUUAGUUCAAUAUUUAUGCUAUUUUAUGGGAGACCUCCAUCGACAAUCCUAGGAUUAGAGAUCUACUUAUUAAUUUCAUAUGUUGACAGUUGAGAUAUUUUUGUACCAUUAGCAAUAAAUUCUUUGAUAAUUUAUUUGUAUGGUAGAUAUUUAGACCUUAAACCCUAUUGAUUAUGCAUAAUCAAAUCUGAG